CUUAUUUUAGUCUACGAUUUUUCCGACCUAAGGGCGUACAUUUUAACGAGAUUCAAUUAUUUAACUAGAGAAAUUGGACUGUCUUUUAAUAAUUCAUACAUGAAAAACUGAGUUAAGGAGUUUCCUAAAAGAUGCCUCCACCACAAAAUAGGGUAUUCAAUGUCCGCAAAUUUAUGUCCGCAAAACUCAAUACACCCAUUUUAUUUUUUUUUUCAAAUAAUUUUUUCCCCAUUUUCCCCCUUUUCCGGUUGUUAUAUUUAAAUAGAAAAAAUUUUAUUUUAGUCAGAAGACACAUUUUCUCUAUACCAAAAAUGCAAAAAGUAAUUAGCCUUUUUUGGGGAGGGGCAUUUCAAGAGUAUAAAUGAUGUAAAAAUACAAAAAUAACUAAAAAGACCAAAAAUUGGUUUUUAAAAAAUUCUAUAAAUAUUUGAUUAAUGUGUAUUUAGUUGAAAUUGUUUGUUUAAUAAUUUGUUGCCUAUUCUAGACAUUUUACAUAAAAUUUUUUUCUUAUUUUUAACAUUUUCUGUCUCAAAUAAUAUUUGUUAAUUACUAGCUGAUUAAGUGAGAAAUAGGUAGUCUUUUUAGUGUAAGAAAAUAAUAAAUCAGAAUUUAA